CACAUUUCGCCGCAUUGCCUCCUCGAUCUCUCACUCCACCUUACCUUUCAAUCCCCGUCGCGGUUCAGAAUCACAAACACACUGCUUGUGCACGAAGACUAGAUCGAUCAGUCCAUCCACUUUGUUUGCUCGGCGCAUCUUGUGUAAUCAUAGUCUCUGUCAAAUCCUCUUGGGUCGCGGGGCACGAUGAAGCUCUCAUUCAGGGAUCUGAAACAGCAGAAAUUCACGAUCGAUGCUGAGCCCACAGACACGAUCGCUGAAGUGAAGGAAAAGGUCGCAGCGGAGAAAGGAUGGGAUGCGUCAAGUCAGAAGCUCAUCUACUCUGGCAAAGUUUUGGCCGACGCAAACACAGUCGAGUCAUACAAGAUUGAAGAGAAGGGUUUCAUUGUGUGCAUGGUCAGCAAGCCCAAGGCCGCGCCAGCUGCUAAACCAGCCCCUCCUUCGACGCCAGCUGCCUCAACAUCCUCGUCCACGCCAGCCGCACCUCCUGCUCCUGCUGCACCUGCGAGCCAACCCGCUGCUGCAGCCAACCAGCCUUCCACACCCACUCCAGGCCAAGCUACAACUAACGCUGCAGCGGGCGGAGGAGGUUUCAAUGAUCCUUCAGCCUUCUUGAUGGGCAGUCGGAACGAUGGUGCUAUCCAGGAGAUGGAAGCCAUGGGUUUCGAAAGAUCACAAAUUGAGGUCGCGCUACGAGCUGCGUUCUUCAACCCGGAUCGAGCAAUCGAAUACCUCUUGAAUGGUCUUCCCGACACUGGCGCCAACCCGGAGCCACCCACAUCUGCCACGUCCCCUCCACCUGCGGCCGCCCAGCCAGCACAGCCAGCCCAGACUGGUGGUGACGAACCCAUCAACUUGUUUGAAGCCGCUGCUCAAGCAAAUCAAGGGGGCCGUGGUAGCGGUGGUGCCGGUACUGGUGCGGCUGCAACAAGAGGCGGUGCUGGAGCUACAGCAGCUGGAGCCGGUGGCAUUACAAACAUGGAUUUGACCUAUCUGCGAAAUAGUCCUCAUUUUCAACAACUGCGUCAAAUAGUUCAGCAACAACCAUCAAUGCUCGAGCCCAUCCUACAACAAGUGGCUGAAGGCAACCCACAGCUUGCACAGAUGAUCGGUCUCAACCCUGAUCAGUUUCUCCAAUUGCUUGCAGAGGGCCAAGAAGGCGAUGAUGGUCCACUUCCCCCGGGUGGCACCGCCAUCAGUGUUACUCCCGAAGAGCGCGAUGCCAUCGAGCGACUAUGUAGACUUGGAUUCACCAGAGAUCAAGUCAUCCAGGCGUACUUUGCUUGCGAUAAGAACGAAGAAUUGGCAGCCAACUUCCUAUUCGAGCAGCCUGAAGACGAUGACCCGCAGUAAGCCCAUUGUCGCAGAUUCGACAAAUUCAGGGGAACGGCAAUGCCAGGCCUGCGUGGCUUCGCCUAAUUUCUUGGUGGAACAUGACUGUUAUGGAUGCCACAUGAUAAUGAACAUGGCGAAUUGAAUGCAUAAUCAAGAGUCGCCUGCUUGAUUGACUAGCGAAGAGAGUGAGAAGCUGGUGCAAUCUGUCCAUGCAGAAGCACAAUAUUGUGAGGUUCUUUACGAGCAUAUGCGUCUAAGCUCGGAUCGUUCUGGCAGGAUAACAUCACCGAAUAUGAACUCGUCCUGACAAAGUCCUGUUUCUUUUCCAACGUUUUAGUCAGAGUGCCUUGAAAAGUGGUAGUUCAGAGCUUCAG